GUGGGCCCCUUGGGCGGUGUCCAUUGGCUCGGCUGCGGCAGGUCCCUCCCUCCGGAAGUGCGGACAUUUCCACUUGGGCUCGGUGGUCGCGGUAUCCGAGAACUGGUUUGUGGAGGUUCAGGAGCUCCCACCUGGGACAAUGGUGUGCAUUCCUUGUAUCGUCAUUCCAGUUCUGCUCUGGAUCUACAAAAAGUUCCUGGAGCCAUACAUAUACCCUCUGAUUGCCCCCUUUGUUAGUCGCAUAUGGCCUAGAAAAGCUGUGCAAGAAUCCAAUGAUGCAAGCAAAGGCAAAAUAGACUAUAAGGGUGCAGACAUAAAUGGAUUACCAACACAAGGAUCGACAGAAAUCUCUGAUAAAAAGAAAGACUAAAGGCAUUGACUCUGGGACCUCCUUGUUUUCAAAAUGGACCUAAUAAUGUGAAGCACCUUC